UCCAGGCCUCAGAGCGGAAGGAGACGGUGACGUCACAGCGGGAGCAAGUGCAGCGGCCACAUCUCGUCCUAGUCUGGCCACAGGGCACUUAGGGCAAUCUCUGGGCUGGCGGUGAGGGACGCGCCUCCCGGCCGGUCAGGGCCCCACCCACGACACUCCAUUGGUGGAGAUCAGCAGUCCCAGAUCCGCGGAGACUGUUGGGGCCUGCGAGACCUUUGGAGGCCACGCCAAGAAAAGGGAAGCAUCGUCUUAAGACCCUCCUCGGUGCAGCCUCGCCCAGGACCCGGGAGCCACGAGUCAGGUGGCAAACGCCGCCUUCUGCUUCUCCAGCACGCGUAAGUCCCUGGGAAUCUUGGAGCCCACUCAGAGGGAGCCACGGAAGCCCUGACUGACACUGCACAGCCCUGUAGGCAGGGGCUGGGGGCAUCCUUCACUGAGCUGGACGAAGGGGGCCUGGGAGCGGCCUCUGGCCCCGAGGCCUCACUCUCUCUCCUAGCCUUUGGGAAGGAAUCCCGGCAACCUGGAUACCUCCGUGGAUUCCCGAGGCAGCUCAGGUGUGCGUCAGCGGGCAUACUGCUGCCUCAAAGAGUUGGGGAAGAUGCUGUUUGGCGUGAAAGACAUUGCCCUGUUGGAGCAUGGGUGCAAGGCCCUGGAGGUGGACAGUCACAAGUCCCUGAUGAUCCUGGGGAUUCCCGAGGACUGCAACCAUGAGGAAUUCGAAGAGAUUAUUCGGCUGCCCCUCAAACCUCUAGGCAAGUUCGAAGUGGCUGGGAAGGCCUAUCUGGAAGAAGAUAAAUCCAAGGCGGCCAUCAUUGAGCUGACGGAGGACAUCAAUUACGCCGUGGUCCCCAGGGAGAUCAAGGGCAAGGGCGGGGUGUGGAGAGUGGUCUACAUGCCCCGGAAGCAGGACAUCGAAUUCCUGACCAAGCUGAACCUCUUUCUGCAGAGCGAAGGGAGGACGGUCGAGGAUGUGGCGCGGGUCCUGAGGCAGGAACUGUGUCUCCCAGAGACGGGCCCCGGAGAGCUGCCUGCAAGGAAGUGCUGUGUGCCUGGGCUGGGGGAGAAGCCGGAGGCUGCGGCCACUGUCCGGAUGGACGUGGUGCCACCUCCAGACUCCUUGGAGAAGGAGAGCAAGGCUGGAGAUGGCAAGAGGGGCAAAAGGAAGAACAAGAAAAACCGCCGGCGGCGUCACGCCUCGGACAAGAAGCUGUGAGGUGGUGGUGGCAUUGGGUGGGCGUGGGGGGUGACCGUGGGAGGGUAGGUACCACGUGAGUACAUUUAAGGAGUAUGAGUGAGUGUGGGUAAUACAAGUGAGGAUAGGAAUGACUCUAGUGAAUGAGUAACUUUUGAGCGAGAAUGGGUAUCCUUUGGAUAGCACAGGUAACAUCUGACUAGUGUGAACUAUCUUUAUCUGAGUUAACUAACUUGUGAGUUACAUCUGAGUGUGUGUGGUUAACUUCUGGCUACCCUUGGCUCAUUCAUUCAUCCUACAGAUAUUUACUGUGCACCUAUUAUGUCCCAGGUACUGUUCUAGGAGCUGGGGAUACGGAAGGGAGUAAACUCAACAAAAAUCCCUGCCUUCAUGGCACUCAGAGUAAGUGGGUAAUAUUUAAAUUACUUGGAGACAUCGGAGUGAGCGUAGGUAGCAUUUGAGUAGAUGUGGGUAACAGUUGAAUGUUCACAAAAUCUGGUUGAGUGUGGAUUACUCCUUCAACCAACAAAAUUUCCUGAGGCCCUACUGUGUGCCAGGCACUGGGGAUACAGAAGGGGAAUAAAACAGACCAAAACCUUGCCCAUGACUGUCAUACUACAUAUUUGAGUAGGCGCAGGUAGCAUUUGUGUUACUUGAAUACACAUUAGUGAGUGUGGGUAGCAUCCGUGUGUGAGGGUAUCAUCCGCG